CGUCCAUUUUUCGGCGUGAGUCAGGCACGUCGGUGGGGUGAUGCUACGGCGCCGGGCAAGGGCCGGGCCAGCCGCGGGGAGCGGCCCGCUCGCUCGGGCCCGGAGUCUCGGCCGUGCCGGCGCUGCCACUGAGCGGAGCGGUGCUUCCUCCUUCCCGUCCCUCGCCGGGGCUGGCGCCAUGGCCGGGGGCGCCGGGCCUGCCGCUCCCUGACACCCGCCCGCCCGCGGAGGCUGCUGCGCGCGGGACUCCUCUGGGCAGCGGAAGGGAAGUGCAGAACUGCCCGUGCCCCGAGCGGAGCUGCCUGCUUCUCCCGGAGCCUGGCACUGAAGGGCUGCAGCGGGAGCGUCUGGGCGUUUCAUGCUUCGUCAGCCCGGCAGCAUUUUGGCUUUGAUUCCGUCUUGCUCCUACCUGUUCCUGGAGAAGAGGCACCGUCCCGCCAUGUGUCGCUACAGCCUCCACAACCUCCUGGAUUGGAUGUAUGGCGGGGUGGACCCAAGCUUCGCAGGCAAUGGAGGGCCGGAAUGCGCCGCCUUUCUCUCCGGCCAGCAGCGCUUGCUGGAGAGUUUGGUCUUCCUCACUGUGGGCAUCGUGGAGAUCCUCGUGUCCCUGUGGAAGCUCAGACAGCUGCCUGUCCGGGAGCUGGAGAAUCUGCUGCAGCAACCCCAGACUAAGCAGGAGAGCCUGGGCAAGAACGUGCUGCUGGUGCUGCUCUGCCUCGUCUUUGGGCUGGAAGUGGGGUUCAAGUUUGCCACCAGGACUGUCAUUUACCUCCUGAAUCCCUGCCACGUGGUCACCAUGAUGCAGAUUUUUCUUCUUGCCUGUCCCCCAUGUCGAACUGCAAUGAUUCUCUUCAGGUUGCAGAUGCAUAUGCUGAAUGGGGCCCUCUUAGCAUUGCUGUUUCCUGUUGUGAAUACACGCCUGCUUCCAUUUGAAAUGGAGAUUUAUUACAUCCAGCAUGUGAUGCUCUAUGUUGUGCCCAUCUAUCUGCUGCAGAAAGGAGGUAUCUACACCCCUGAACCGCUCUGCAAUUUCUGGUGGGCUCUUUUAUCCACAGGGUUUAUGUUUGUGUAUCAUUUUAGCGUCUUGCAGAUCCUGGGAUUGGUUACAGAAGUGAAUUUGAACAACAUGUUGUGCCCAGCUGUCUCAGAUCCUUUUUAUGGGCCCUGGUAUCGAAUCUGGGCCUCUGGACAUCAGACUGUCAUGACCAUGACUCACGGGAAGCUCGUAAUCCUGCUGUUCCACAGUGCUGUCCCCACCUUUAAAUGGAGCAUGGACUUGCUUAGACUCCCAGCUAAAAAAAUGGACUGAAAUUUCUCCCCACGGAGUUGUUUGUACAGGAAGCAGAGAUAUACUGGAAAACAAAGAGGAGGGAUGAGAGGACAAUGGCUUUAUACUUCUUCCCACAGUUUUUUGCCUCAAAAACACCUCUGUAAUCAAGUGAGGUUUUUUUUACCUGCUGUUUCUCACUGCCUAUUGCCAAUGGCAAAAUUAGUGGCCUUAUUCGGGGGAAGGUUCAUGUUUUAUACAUUUUGUAUAGAUUGCAGUAGAAUCUUGCUAAGUGACCAUUUAAAAUUAGGCCAGGACCUGUCCACAUUCCAGCAAUGAAAACGGCAGUGCUACCUCGUUUUGACUCAUUUCCCAUUAAAGAAUAGUACAGUUGUAGGGUAGGAAAUAAUGCUGAAUUGUAGCACUCCACUGAUGUGAACCAACAUGAUGAACUGCAUCAUCCUGGCUUAACUCUUAGAGCCUGAAUGUUCCAAAAUGGUCACAGGAAAUGGUGCACACUUAAUCUUCCAGUCAGAAGUGCAAAACAGUGGGGUUCUACUGUAUUUUCUUUAAGCUGGUUGAAAACAUUGGGGAACAAUAACUCGUAGAAUUUUUUUUUUUUAAAUCAACAACAUCAUUUCAAAGCUGCAGUGGAUAAGUAUCUUUCAAGUCCCAUCAUGAUGCUUUGGAGAUGCUUUUAUUUUGGUGAGAGGAAAAAAAUAAUGCUGAAACAAUUUCAAAAGACCAUGUUAUAUAUAAGUCGUAAGAUACUGGAUCCACUGUUCUGUCCUGACUUUGAACAAAAUGUUUUUUUCACUUACCUUAGAUUGGAGAUACAAAGUCCAAUGUAAACAUCAGGUUUUUUUUUUUUUUUAUACUUAGUAGCCUUUGAAACAUUCCUGCUCUGUCUACGCUAAUCCUCACAGACCAGACUGGUUGGUGAAGAAACAAAAUGAAACUCUUCUCUCCCUGCAGCUCUGAUACAUCAUGUGCACUGAUCUUAAAAUACAGGUAUAAAAAGGAACAUCAAAUCAGUGCAGGCCUCUACUGCAAAGAACAUGGUCCAGUUUAGUAGUAUGACCAAAUCUUCCCAUCAAUGUGUCUUUUGGAGAACAGGAUGUAGAUGGGCAGAAUGAUCAACUGCGUGUAUCUGCUCAAAUUUUGCAGGAGGAGAAACCAUUGGGCAGAAAGAUGGGAAAUCAUGACUGUGUUCUUCCAGAAUUGUGAGUCCAUUACACAGACUGUUGUGUUUUGGGACUGCAGGUUUUUCUUGUACAGAAGUUUGUUGGAAUUUAUAGAUUCACUGUGUUGUCAAAGCUGUGACUUGUAAGAUAAACCAAAACCAUCAUACCUCCUCCAGCUGGAUCACCUGAAGGUAAUGUGCUGAAGUUAAGGUACAGACGUUUAUACCUCAAGAAGCAAAAGUAAGCUUUUUUUUUCCUUCCUUAAAAAAGAAAAAAAUUUCAUUGGUGAGAGAACAAGUGGCUACUUCAAAUAUUUUUACUCCAUAUGAUUAAAAAAACUACACCUCAAUCAUAAAUACAUUGUCCCAUAUUCUGAUUUACAACUGGUUUCUGGCUUUCUUCCAUGCCUUGCUGUAUGUGUGUGUAUACAUAUAUAUAAAAAAAUAUACUGUAUGCUCACAAUUUGAGAACCUGCAGCAUGUACCUAAACUAUCCCUCAGGCAUAUGCAGCUGGUGUUAGUAAGCAUUACAAUAGAAGGAUUUUAGACAAAUUUUGCAAAUACUAUUUAGCAUUAUUAUUUGCUUUAUUUGCUUAACUUUCUUACGGUUUUUUCGUUCUUUUUUUUAGUUUUUCUGAUUUCCUUUUUUUUAAAGCAUCUUCCCUCUUUUUUUCUGUCAGGCUAUUGUAGUUACUGGAAACACUUCUCUCAGUAGCAGCCUUUUAUUUUUUUCUUUUUUAAACUGUAGCAUUUCCUAUCUGUAGUCAUCUGCUUCAGGGCAUUGCAAACAAAUAUAAACCAGCUGCUGUUUGCCACCACUGACUGCCUCUGGUCAAUUAAAACUGCAGGAGCAUUGAAAUGAGCUCAGGUGUCUCACUCAGUGCAGGCUCUUUGCUUGGUAAGCAGAAUUUGUGAGCUCUUCUGGCUGACUUAAAAUUCAGUAGCAGGAAUGUGAAUAGAGCUGCCACAGGGCCAUCCCUGGGCAGUGGGAAGGGAUUCCUGGUACAGAGCUGCUGGGAGUGGUUGCCCCUGCCCUCCCUCCCUCCCUGCCUGGUGGUCAUUGGGCUGGUCUGUGCUUUUCCCCUCUUCUGCUACUCUAGUUGUUUUGAGUCACACAGAAAUUCCAGGUGUAAUUUCACCACAUGGAGUUUGCUGAUGGAGCUGCUCAUCAGAGCCAGUGAGGCACUUGUACUGUCCCUUCCAAACCUUAUUGUGGGCACGUUCUGGAGCUUGUUGAAUCUUUCAUGCCAAUUUAAGCUGCAAAAAUGUCUCACUGAACAAGGUAAUUUAGCAAAAAUGUAGAGAGGUAGCCAACUACUGCACUCAGUAAGGAUUUUAGAAGCAUUGGAGCUGCAGUGAAGGAAUCAAAUGGUGCAGCUGGAGUCAGGUGGGAAGGCAGGCAGUGCAACCUUCACCUUUUUAACAUAAGCUGUUGCUUCUUUGUUGUUGUGCAAUGUCAGUGAGGCUGCCUGAGUUAGAACAGAAUUAUUUAGGCUGGAAGAAACCUGAGUUCAUCAAGCCAAGCAUUAACCCAGCACUGCUGAGCCCACCACUAACCCUUAGCCCAAGUGCCACACAUCAAAGUCUUUGAAAUCCCUCCAGGGUUGCCGACUCUACCACUUCCCUGGGCAGUCUGUUCAAUGCCUGACAACUCUUCUGGUGAAGAAAUUUUCCCUAAUGUCCAAUUUAAACCUUCCCUGGUGCAACUUGAGGCUGCUUUUUCUUGUCAUGUUGCUUUAUUUCUUGGGAGAAAAGGCUGACCCCCAUCCUCCUUUCAGGUAGUUGUAGAGUGACGAGGUCCACCCUUUUCCCCCUUUUCCCCAGGCUAAACACCCUCAGCCAUUCCUUAGACUUAUGCCCUCCUUGCCCAUGCCCUUCUUUGAAGGCUUUUAGAACUUCACGUUGGUUAAUGGUGAGCCACCACAGAAAACUGCAUGAGCGUAGCUGAGACAGGCUCUACAAAAGGGGAAGGACAGGGCAGAAUGGCAGCAGAAAAGGAACAAACUUUUGAAGCAAUUGUCAUGGAACUUCACAUCCUUCAUUCCUCACCUAUCUCUGGGUCUCUGCUGGAAAUAUGCAUCAGCCAGAGCUUGUUACAUGUGCCGAAUCUGGGAAAGAAUGGGAGAGAAGAAUACUUCAUCUCUAUAGCAGUUAUUUGUUGUUUCCCCUGGCAGAGGCUGAUUUUUCUUUUCCCUGAAUGGUUUAUUUUAUAGGCAGUUACACUAUACAGAUUCCUUUGGUUGCUUUAUGCUUAUUUAUGCUGGAAAUGAAAGCACAAAACUCUACUGCUGUUCUUGGGAGGCAAUUGCAUUCUCUCCUGGGGUGUUACGCACACAAUCCAUGUCCACAUAACUUGAAGCUGUUGCUCAGUACCUGGUGAUGAGAUUUUACAGUGCUGCUGUGCAAUGCACAAUUGAAAGGGUUGUCCUGGGCCUCCUGGUCAAAUGUGCCCAAAUCCUUUGUAAUGGUACCAGGAAUUUCAGCAAUAGUGGCAGUAGCUGUGGGGCAGAGCAGGAGUGGGGCUGCACAGCCAGACCUACAGAGUGUGAAAUUUCAUCCCAAAGUGGCUUCAUUUGCUGGCCAGAAUACCCCAAAAACUUCUUGUGCAGUGUCACUGCCUGGCCUUCAGAGAUGCUGGUAUGGGUUAAGGGGUCUGAACAGAACCCUCCAAUUGUUAGUAGUGUGGGCAUUUAGAAAGAAACAAGGAGUAAGGAAAUUCAUGACUCCUACUGCCACUGGCUGCAUUUCCCUCCAAGGGUAGCCAUAAAUGAAACAUUAUUAGCUAUAAUAAACCUGUUUACUGAUGGGUUUGUUUAUGCAGCCUUGGAGUAAGUAGCCCUCCAAAGCAGAGGUAACAUUUCUGCCCCCACCACCUUCUGCCAUGGCUUCAGCUGUCCAGGAUCCCUGCAGUGCUAUUUUUCCAGGGAUUCAGACACUGUACAGUGUCUGAGCUGUAUCUAUUUGUUUAACUUCCUCUUUUAAGCACCAAAGGAGGAUUUGCAUCUUGUUUCUUUUGAAGAGUGCAAAUGAAUAGCUCUUGCCCAUGUGUUUAUAAAUCAGUGAAAAGCCACAGGCUAUAAACAUGCACCUGGAGCUGGUUUUGGUUCAGCUUCUUAUGGUUCAAAGACGCUGCUCAUAAGCAAAGCUUACGUGUGCUCAAGCAGCUGCUGCCUUGGGGAACUUGGGGGACAGGAAAAGUCAGUCCAUUUGCAAACCUUGAGGUCACAGAGUACCUAAUUGUAGGUUUCUGUUUCUAACCACAGAGUUUUGAGAUUUCAGUAUAUUUGAGAUCAUUUAGUGAAGUUCAAUUGUAUUUUUCAUAAAUGGCUAUUUGCAACUGUUAACUGACUGUACUUUUAUGUCCUAAGUCUUGCAUCUAAACCAGAAGCAUUUGUUUUCUAUGCAUCCACAGCUAAUGGAAAACGGAGUUUUUUGUGGUGUUUUCUUCAGUGUUGCAGUUCUUUCAUUCUAGGUGAUCCUUAGGAAUGAAAUUCAUCCUUAUAGUUAACAAAGCUCUGAAAAGGCCAAAACCCAGGAAGAGAGUGUAUGUCAGCCCUGGUGGGAUGUUUCUGCAGGCAGACCGGUCAGCUUUGAUGUUUUCAGUUCUACGGUGACAAGACUCAUAACAAAUCUGUUGACUUUUGUGAUCUCACACUUCAAGUGAUAUUGCUGUAAAUCUGUCUUGCAGCUCUUGGUGUAACUUAGUCAAAGCCAAGCUGUUUUAUAAAGAAUUUCAUUUUUCUUCAGGGUCAAUUUUUUACUUUUAAAAAUUAUUUCUGCAUUUCCUGAGUCAUUAUCCCAAUGCUGCAGAGGAUGCAGCAGGCAGAGCAGUGAGCACACCCCACUCUCCCCAACCACACUGUGCCAGGAGGCUGGGCUGGAGCACCAGGGGGGCAGCAGGAACCUGCAGGGCUGCUUACUCCACCCUCUACUCCCAACAUCCAGGCAUAGAAUGGUUUGGCAAGGGCAAGGAUGGAUGUGGAUGGGCUCAACUGCCACAUAUGCUGUUAGUUCUGAACAAUUUGUAAAGUGUUAUAAAUUUGGUAAACUUUUUAAUGUGCUAAACCUUGAUUAUGAGGUAACAUUUACAAAUAUGGGGUAAUUUGUGUACUUGUUUUUGUAUUUUGGUCUGAUGGGCUUUUUUGUUGUUGUGCCCUAAAUCCAGAUCAUUGGGCCAAUAGUUGUUAAACCUUUGCAUUAAAAUCAAUAAAUGCAUUUUAAUGGA